GGCCGUGCGUUCGGCGCGCAGGGGCGUGAUCUUGCGCGCAACAGAACGACCCUAUCGCCCCGCUGUAGUGGUGGUAACCGUGCGGGUUGUUAAGGGAGUGGCCGGCGGCCCCGCUCUGGCCCCACGCCCUCUUUCUCCCCGCCCCGCUCCAUUACAAGCGGCUCCGCGGCUCCAGGCUUCCUUUCCCGGGCCCUGCUGCUGCUCGCGGUGCUCAGGCUGAGGCGAAGCGGGCAGAGGCGGGUAACUGAUCGUCUUUAAGACCCGGAGGAGGCCUCUGUGGCCCGCUCCGGUGUUGACAGCGGGCGAAGCUGGAGGCAGCCGCCGGGCGAGGCACCGCGAGAGGCGCCGGGGCUGCGUUCGCCCCGGCUCAGCAUGGCCUUCAUGGAGAAGCCGCCGGCGGGGAAAGUGCUGCUGGACGACACGGUGCCGCUGACAGCCGUGAUCGAGGCGAGCCAGAGCUUGCAUUCGCACACGGAGUACAUCAUUCGUGUACAAAGAGGGAUUUCCAUGGAAAAUAGCUGGCAGAUUGUGAGAAGAUACAGUGACUUUGAUUUGCUGAAUAAUAGUUUGCAGAUUUCUGCUCUUAGUUUACCUCUUCCUCCCAAAAAAUUGAUCGGCAAUAUGGAUCGUGAAUUCAUAGCUGAAAGGCAAAAAGGACUCCAGAACUAUCUUAAUGUAAUUACUUCCAACCAUAUACUUUCCAACUGUGAACUGGUGAAGAAAUUUUUUGAUCCAAACAACUACUCUGUAAACUAUGUUGAAAUUGCCUUACAGCAUGUUUCAAUGUUCUUUCGGUCAGAGCCAAAGUGGGAAGUAGUAGAGCCAUUAAAGGAUAUAGGUUGGAGAAUACGUAAGAAAUAUUUUUUAAUGAAGAUUAAGAAUCAACCAAAGGAGCGGCUAGUUUUGAGCUGGGCUGACCUUGGCCCUGACAAAUAUCUUUCAGACAAAGAUCUUCAGUGUGCUGUGAAAUUUCUUUCUUCAUGUUCUCAUCCCUAUAUUUAUAAAGUCACUUUUGCAACAGCUAGUGAAUCUUCUGCGCUGGUAAUUAGACCAUUCAUUGAAAAAGGAACAUUAAGGGACCUGAUAUAUAAGGCAAAACCAAAAGAUCCGUUUUUGAAGAAAUACUGCAACCCGAAGAAAAUUCAAGGUCUUGAACUGCAGCAGAUUAAAACGUUUGGCAGACAAAUACUAGAGGUCUUAAAGUUCUUGCAUGAGAGAGGAUUUCCAUAUGGUCACUUACAUGCUUCCAAUGUAAUGUUGGAGGGGGAUACAUGCAGGUUACUGGACUUGGAGAAUUCAUUGUUGGGGCUCCCAUCCUUCUAUCGGUCCUAUUUUACACAGUUCCGCAAGAUUAAUACUUUAGAAGGUAUUGACGUACACUGCUUUGGUCACUUACUCUAUGAAAUGACGUAUGGGAGACCCCCAGACUCUGUCCCGGCGGACAGCUUUCCUCCUGCACCAUCCACAUCUGUAGUGACUGUACUGGAAUCCAUUCUUUCUCCUGAAGCCAUGAAGAAUGGUAUGCCAACCGUCUCCCGGCUCUUACAAAUGCCGUUAUUCAGUGAUGUCCUCCUUACAAAUUCAGAAAAAACACAGUUUAAGAUUCCCACGAAGUUAAAAGAGGCAUUAAAGACUGCCAAAGAAUGCAUAGAGAAGAGGCUGGUAGAAGAACAGAAAAUGAUUCAUCAGCACAGAAGACUGACGAGAGCUCAGUCUCAUCACGGUUCAGAGGAAGAGAAAAAAAAAAGAAAGAUCUUGGCACGGAAGAAGUCCAAACGCUCUGCCUUUGAGAGUGGGGAAGAACAAACGAUGAAAUACAGCAACUCAAAUAAUUCAGCAGGCUCUGGGGCAAGUUCACCUCUGACAUCGCCUUCCUCUCCUGUUCCACCUUCCAUGACAGCAGAGGCCGCAACAAUUCCUUCACCACCUCCACCACCAGCAGCUCCUCCCCCUCCUCCCAAUUUGGAUGUGCCAAUGCAGCCUGACUCACAGCCUGUUAACAGCACAAGCCGGGGCGCCUUACUCAGUUCCAUUCAGAAUUUUCAUAAAGGAGCUUUGAAGAAAACAGAAACAUGUGACUACAGUGCUCCUAAAAUCAAUUGAAACUGUUUACACCAACCCAGCUUGGAUAUAUUUUGUGAGUUUACCUUAGGAAGAGACUUUUCUGAAAAUUUGAUUUAACCACUGCCUUGUGGUUUCUUUUUACAGCUGCUUCUUUAGAGCCAUUUCAAGCUUUUUUUUUUAGAUAAAUCUUUUCAGAGAGUAGCAACACUAUUGAGGAUUGCAUUUGGGGGGCAGUAAGAAAAGUGUCAAUUCCAGCUUAAAGGAACUCUUUAGGAAUUAUUAUUUUUGGUAGGCAAUACAUUUCUUUUUGUCCCGUUUUUUAGGGCUUUUGGAAGCCUAAGCCUGAUAUAUUGAUGUUUCAAGCAUUUUUGGUUUAACUGUCUAAAAGUCACUUAAUCAGAAAGUUAUAACACUGAUAAAGUUAGGGCUGUUUCUCUCCCUACAACAUAUUGUUAGUCUAUAGAUCACUGUUAAUACUGCUGACACCCCUGUUCUUAAAAUGUCCACACUUGGAAGAACAUUCAGUUCAGGAAUUAAUUUGGUAUAGAACUUCUGCAUUUAUUUAAAACAUGGGGGACAGUUUUCCAUCAAACCAAAAUUUUUCUAGAUAAUUUGUUGAGCUGGAAACUGAAAGUUGUAUAAUUUAAUAAAAAUGUCCUUUUUUGGAUUUAUUCAAACCGUUAAAUUGCACUUUAAGGGAUUAUUAGGAAUCCAUUUUUAAAGUC